AUGGCAGAAAGGAAGGUUGAUGGUUCCAAAAUAACAACUGAAUACACAGUAACAGUAAACAAUUUGGGAAAGAAACCUGAAAUCAAUUCACCAGAACAACAUUUGCACCGCUCAUCAAUAAAAUUUUUAUACACAUUAUAUGAAAUAUUAAAAGAUCACGACUAUGAUCAUAAUAGAAUUCGUCAAAGGAGAAGUGUAAAUUCAAAUUUUAUAACAGAUUUCGAUUUAAUAGAAGUUGAAAAAUGUAAUAAUAUUAUAACCUUUGCACCAAUUAAACCCAAUGAAUAUUUAUAUAAAUUGAGAAUUUUCAAGAAUUUGUCGUCAGAGGUCUACAACAAUGAUAUCGAACAAAUAUCAAUAUUGGUUUAUUUACUUGGUAAUAUCGAAGAGAAACGAAUUUUAUUAACAUCAAUUAAUAUAAGUGUAAAUUAUAUUGGAUGGCUUGAAAUUGACAUAAGUGUUGCACUUCGUAAAUUAAUAAAAAAUCAUGGUUUAAAUCCCGCUCUACAGAUAGUCGUACAUUUAAAAAAUGAUUCUAAAAUGUUAAUUGAUCCAGAGAAAAUUGGUUUAAUAACAACUGAUAAUAAUAAUGAAGAAUUUCAUCCAUUUAUUAUUGGACUUUUUAAUGGCCCAGAAAUAAUAGAUAAUUUUAAAAAUUUAGUACAAGAAAAUGUAACAAAACGUUUAAAACGAAAUAUUGUAACUAAAAAUGUUAGACAGCAAAGUGACAGUAAUAAAGAUAGAAAGAAAAACACAAAAAUAAGAGAUCAACGACAAGUGAAAUCAGGAAAUCACUAUCAUAAUACAAAACAACAUUAUUCAUCCCAGAUGACAAAAGAUAAACGAAGAGAAUUACAUAAAUCUACAAUACAACAAUUUAAUUCACCAAAAUAUUGCCAACGUAUGAAUUUUACAGUUGAUUUUUACGAAUUAAAUUGGGAGAAUUGGAUUAUUGCACCGGAAAAAUUUGAUGCAUAUUUUUGUAGUGGAGAAUGUAAUUUCCCAUUGGGAGCUGGUAUGAAUGCAACUAAUCAUGCUUUAAUACAAACAUUAAUGCGUUUAAAAAAUCCAUGGUUACCAAAACCAUGUUGUGCACCAAGAGAUUUAGGUUCUAUAUCCGUUUUAUAUUAUUUAAAUGAACAAAAUGUUAAUUUAAGGAAAUACAAACAUAUGGUAGCUUAUAAUUGUGGAUGUCAUUGA